AUGGCUUCAGUAGCGACAGCUCUUCAUUCCCUCACUGUUCCUGCAGCGAAGAAACAUACAGCAACGGUCAUCUUUGUUCAUGGACUGGGAGACACUGGACAUGGUUGGGAGCCCGUCGCGAAUAUGUUCAAAAAAGAACCCACCCUCGGACAUGUGAAAUGGGUGCUGCCUCAUUCACCUCAAUCUCCGGUUACUGCGAAUAUGUGCAUGGUGAUGCCGUCCUGGUUCGAUAUUAAAUCAUUUGGCUUUAAAGACGUCGAAGAUGAAGCAGGGAUGCUCAAGAGCAAAGCCUCUCUUACACAGUUGAUCGACGCAGAGUUGGCUGCAGGACUGGCACCGAACCGUAUUAUACUCGGUGGAUUUAGCCAGGGAGCAGCAAUGUCGCUCCUCACUGGUCUGUCAUUAGACAAACAGCUUGCGGGGAUAGUUUGCUUGAGCGGCUGGGUGCCCAUCAAGGAUACAUUACAGAAAAUGCUCGCACCUCAUUCGAAACAAAUGCCCAUCUUUUGGGGUCAUGGAUCGAGCGAUCCGCUCGUCAAACCCAUAUUCGCAGAAGAAUCAGUCGAAUUUCUGAAAUCAGUUGGCAUAUCGAAUGCAAAACCUGGGGAAUUGAGUGGACUUUCAUAUAACGUUUAUCCUGGUGUUGGUCAUAGCACUAAUAUGCAGGAGCUAGAGGAUUUGAAAGUGUGGAUUGCCAAAGUUAUCCCAGAGCAACCGUAA